ACGACGAUGCUAUAUCAAUUCAUACACCAGCCGAUAUUUAUUUCGAACCGGUAAGUUUACAAAAAGCUGUUGCUAAAACGUUUAAUUUGUUUUUAGACAAACAAUGGCAACUUAGCAAAUGGAAUGCGGGUUUGGAUAAACGUUUAAAAACGUAUAUUAAUCCACACUUAACUGGAGAUGCAUUAGACAACAACAAUUCCGAUCAAUUAUAUCGUCUACGUCAAAUGGUAAUUUAUGCAUCUUAUGACUGUGUGGUUGUUACUCGUUUAUAUUUUUACAUGAAACCACCUGCACGAUCAUUAGCACAACAUCAACAACAACAACCGCCAUUAUCGCCACCUCAUCUCGAACCAUCGUCGCCUUCUCAACAGACAUUAUCACUUCAUCCAUCAUCGCCACGACCCAUCUCACCUUCAUUAUCACCACAACCUACACCCAACGUACUCAUACUAUCUUCUACGGCGCCUUCUCAUUUAUCUAAUUAUUGGCGAAAUCGUAGAGCACACAUCCGAAGAAAGAAACUACGAUAUUUGUACUCAAUCAACGAUAUCCUACAUAAAAAUUAUGCAUUACCAGCAAUCGAUCGCCAUUUACGCGAACGUCAUAUACGAUUUACCCAUAUCAAGGAUAAAACAGAAAACGGACAUCGCCGACUAAUCGUUGGCUUUGCCAACUCGUCAGAUCGUCGUCGUUAUCGUCGUAUUAUUGGCGAGGAUUAUUUCGUAUCAUUUUUUGUUUUAUAA